CGAAGGAACAUUAAUGAAUAUAGGCAAUCUACAUAUUUACAAACGAUCCCCAAACAAUUGUUGAAAUAUCUAACGAAGGAGAAUGAUUCAAUUUUCCCGCUUUCGUAAAUUAGGGCAAUGAUCUUGUAAGUCACAGUGUGUACACAAGUCGGGGAGCAGUGGUACUACAGGUAGAUCUCUGGAUAACAGAAACCUCGGUACUCCUCAAGAGAGCCUUCAUUACGAAGAAUGAAAUUUAACUACCCAGUUGCAAGAAGAGAUGAAAGUGUAACAGAAGAAUACCACGGAAUAGAGAUAAGUGAUCCUUACCGAUGGCUUGAGGACCCAGAUUCAUCUGAAACAGCUAAAUUUGUUGAUGAACAAAAUGCUGUUACAAGACCCUAUCUCGAUAGUUGCCCAGUGAGAUCAGACAUAAACUCAAGACUUACAGAACUAUGGAACUAUCCAAAGUACUCAUGCCCGUAUAGACAUGGAGAGAGAUAUUUCUUCUAUAUGAAUACUGGACUACAGAAUCAGAGUGUACUGUAUGUUCAAGAUUCAUUACACUCAGAACCUAGAGUGUUUUUAGACCCCAACACAUUGUCAGAAGAUGGAACAGUUGCGUUAUCUCGAACACGAUUUUCUGAAGAUGGAGAAACAUUAGCAUAUGGACUUAGUAGGAGUGGUUCUGACUGGAUUACAAUACAUUUCAAAGAUGUCAAAAGUGGCAAUGAAUACCCUGAAGUGUUAGAGAAAGUUAAGUUCUCACCAAUGACUUGGACUCAUGAUAACAAAGGAAUAUUUUAUGGUCGAUAUCCGGACCAAGAGGGAAAAACUGAUGGUUCAGAAACAGUUAGCAACCAACAUCAGAAGCUCUAUUACCACCUCAUUGGAACUCCUCAGUCAGAAGAUGUGCUUGUAGUAGAAUUUCCUGAUGAACCAUUGUGGAGAAUUGGUGCUGAAGUGAGUGAUUGUGGGCAGUGGUUGAUUAUUACACCUCAGAAGGACUGCAGAGAUAAUUUGUUAUUUUUCUGUGACCUCAACAUUUUGCCCAAUGGAAAAAUAUCUGGAAAGCUUCCACUGACCCAAGUUGUACAUAAAUUUGAAGCAGAUUAUGAGUAUGUUACAAAUGAAGGGCCAGAAUGUAUUUUCCGCACCAAUAAGGAUGCUCCAAAUUACCGUCUCGUGAAAAUAAAUUUCCUGGAUCCAGUGCAAGAGAAAUGGACAACACUGAUAAAGGAGCAUUCUAAAGAUGUUUUGGACUGGGCUAGUCCUGUAAAUCAAGACAAAUUAGCUGUUUGUUACAUCCAUGAUGUUAAGAGUGUACUACAAUUGCAUGAUUUAAAUAAUGGUAGUUUGCUGAAAACAUUUCCCCUUGAUGUGGGCACUGUUACGGGCUAUUCGGGAAAGAAGAAACAUUCAGAGAUGUUUUACCAGUUUACGUCAUUUCUAACCCCUGGAAUUAUAUAUCACUGUGAUCUCACAAAGGAGGAACUAGAACCAUCUGUCUUUAGAGAGAUAAAAUUCCAGGGAUUUGAUCCCAGUCCAUAUGAAACUAAACAAGUAUUUUUUUCAAGCAAAGAUGGCACACAAGUUCCAAUGUUCAUCGUCCAUAAAAAGGGUCUAGUGCAAGAUGGAAGCAAUCCAUGUCUGCUAUAUGGCUAUGGAGGUUUUAAUGUCAGCAUUCAACCGACAUUUAGUGUUACAAGACUGGUGUUCAUUCAGCACUUUGGGGGUAUAUUGGCUGUAGCUAAUAUUAGAGGCGGAGGAGAAUAUGGGGAAGCUUGGCACAAUGCUGGUAGACUUUUCAACAAGCAGAAUGUGUUUGAUGAUUUCCAGUGUGCUGCUGAGUAUCUUAUAAAAGAAAAAUUCACAUCAAGUAACAAACUUACUAUUCAGGGUGGUUCUAAUGGAGGACUUCUAGUAGCAGCAUGUAUAAACCAAAGACCAGAGCUUUUUGGUGCAGCUAUUGCUCAAGUUGGUGUUCUUGAUAUGCUGAGAUUUCAUAAGUUCACAAUUGGUUAUGCGUGGGUGUCAGACUAUGGCAGUUCAGAUGACCAAAAACAUUUUGAAAAUCUGCUGAAAUUUUCACCUCUUCAUAAUGUGAAAGUUCCAGAUGGAGAUGGAACACAGUAUCCAGCCACUCUAUUGUUAACUGCUGAUCAUGAUGACAGAGUUGUUCCUCUCCACUCCCUGAAGUUCAUUGCAACACUACAUCAUGUUCUGCGAGAUGUGAAGAAACAGACAAACCCUCUGCUUAUACGUAUUGAAACGAAAGCAGGACAUGGAGGAGGAAAACCAACAGCCAAACUGAUAGAAGAAAGCACUGACAUCUUGUGCUUCUUGGUACAAGCACUUGGACUUGAGUUUAAAAAAUGAAGAAUCUGUGGUUCAUCAGGAGAUAAUACUACUGAAGAUGAAGACUAUUUGGAAAGUCCCAUCUGCAGAAGAUCCUUGUGUACUUACAAGCAGAAUUAACCACCAUCACAUCUGCCAAGGCCUAAGGAUUUCUGAGAAGCAUUUGAUUGUGUGUGUGUGUGUGUGUGUGUGUGUGUGUGUGUGUGUGUGUGUGUGUCAGAGAGGGGGAGAGAGAGAGAGAGAGAGAGAGAGAGAGAGAGAGAGAGAGAGAGAGAGAGUUCAGUUCUGUUUGUCAUUGUAUGUAUGUAUAGUGUCGAUAUUAAUUAUAUUUGACAUGCAGAUAUGCCUCAGAAGGAAACAGUUUUGCCAUGCAUGUGAUGUAUGCUAUAUAUUGCAUUUUUUUCUGUUGUAUGCUGUUUUUUGCAGUGAAUCCCAAUGUUCGUGAAUAUUGAAAAAAUGAUCACAUCACGCCAUUUAUAAUGGGGCACUAUACUUUGUGUACAGUGCUGAGUAUUACACAAUACAUAUUGUAACAGGCGUGUCAAAACUUUGAACUGUUGGCUGUGUAAUUUUAGAAGGAAAUGGAGAUUAAUACGCUAGUAAUAAUUGUUUGUAAUGAUGCCCCUGAACAAAACAAGUGUUGCAUUUUAUGGAAUAUUUAUUAUUAAGGUGUGGUAAUUUUUAGACUGUGGACUUAUUUUUGGCACGUCUUUGAGAGAAAUGCGUUGAGCUGAAGAUACCAAAGGUGUAAAAUUUACAUUACCUGUAAGGCUUUGUGCACUAGUGCUUCAUAACUUCUAAAAGUACAAAUUAAUGGAGGCUAGGAGGCAGUUAUGAACAGUAAAAUGAUAUUCUGUGAUGCAUUGUUGUUUAUGUAAUCCAUUGCUUUACAAUUUCAAAGCAAUUAAAUAAGUUACUUUUUCCUAACUUCGCAAGAUCUCACAUUAUUUUGCUAUAAUUAGCUACUGUAUUUCGAAAUCUAUUUGUCCAGAGUUCAGUAUUUAAAAUUUAUAUACAUUAUUUGCUCAAUGGCAGUGGUUUUACUGUCAGUCACAAAUUAUUUAUUUAUAACAGUGACAAAAUGGUACCACUCCCACUCUCGUCUUUGAGCUGUUUGGUGGAUUUAAAAGUAAUUGCCACAAAAUAUUAGCUCUUAUCUUAAGCUUAACUUUCACCUAGAUCUGAUGUAUAUAAAAUAUCACUAAAAAGCUGCUGUAUUUCAAGAAAAAAGUAAACCCUGUGUGUCAUAGUAUGAUGUGUUAGAAGAAUUUGACAUUAAACUGUCUGUCGGAUCACUAUAAAUAAUCAUGGCAUGUAACAUGUGUGCCAUGAGAGGGAUGUAUUUGGAGUAGUUCACAGGUUUGUUGUCUCCUGUUAGGAAUGAAUUUCUUUUCUUCAUUAGUAAGGAAAUUUGAGGGACAAAAUUUGUUAAAUUAUUCAGUUGUUAGGUAUAGUAUGCGAUGAUAUCUGUAUUCCUAUAUUACAAUGUCACAAAUUUUGGCUUCAAAUAGUUUGCGACCUUAAAUUGUUGUAUAUGGGCAAAGAAGUAACAAAUGUGUAUUUGGUGUGCUUUGUUUUGGUCUCAGUGUAAUUUAUUGUUGCCAUUUUCUUUUGAAAAGUUUGACUAGUAGGAAAACAGUGGUUAUCUGUGUUUCAUUUUUCAUAUGGGUCAAUCCUGGGUGUUGUACAAGAAGUGGAAUGUAUCAAAAUAACCACCCACAGGCACAAUGUGGUGGGGGCACUGAGUGAUGGGUAGGCACAUCAAGAACUGAAAUGUGAUGUUUCAGCUUAAAAACUUCCAUUUUUCUUCAGGGUUUAAUAUGUGUGUAUUGUUGAUAUAUUUUUAGAUUGAUGUAACUCGAUCUACAGUUCUCAUUAAUGGUGGGCUGAACUCCAUUGGUAACAAGAGCACAUUUACCAGAGUACUACUGCCUUUAAAAUGAAAAUGUGAAAGUUAGUACUGAAAAUUCAGUUUCUUUUAAUAUAUUUGGAAUACCUUCACUACAAAACCAGACUAAAACAAGAAUGAUCACAAAUUGCACUGGUUUACUAUCUGUGGAGUAGAAAUUACAAAAUUGUUUCCCUCAUCUGCAGCUAAGAACGAAUUAAAGAAAAGUGGUAGGGAGUUCACAAGUGAAUAUGGGUGAGGGGCACAACAUCUAGAUAAGAUUAUUUUCAUUGCAUAACGUAGUCACUUGAUUGAGAGAGAGAGAGAGAGAGAGAGAGAGAGAGAGAGAGAGAGAGAGAGAGAGAGAGAGAGCGCUAGCUAAUUAUUGCAUGACUCAUAUUCUCACUGUCAGAACGUAUUUGGUUGUCUAUUUGUAGGUGAUAUACUGUAAUUCGCUGUUCUGUAUGAAGAGUCUGAGUGGAUAGUUCAGACAGUGAAGGAGUUCUCCAUACUAAGUUUUUCCAGCUAAAAUUUACUCAUUUAAGAUACCUGUAAAUUAAAUUUCCUUUUACUGGACAUUUUGUCGUAGACAAUAAAUUAAAAAUUGUUUUAAACAGGGUUUAGUAUCUGAUGGAAACUUCCUAUGUUUUGCUUCAAAAUACGAAGUAACAAAAGUACACUAUUCCUUUUCAUAUGUUCAUUGCAUGGCAGCUUAAUCUUCACGAUCUGAUUCUUCAUCCUUAAUUCAUUUCUAAUUACAUAUCUAAUAGUUUUUGUGUGACUUCUAACACGGGUAGAGAUACAGACGUGAAGUUAUUGAAAUCAGUGCUCCGAAGGUGGAAACUGUAAUGUGUACUAUGUGCUGUUAUAUUUAGGCAGAGAGAUUUUAAGAUUCAGAAGUUUUUCUCUGAUUUUUUUAAACUAGUCGUAUUGCCUGUAAAAUACAUGUUUACAAAAUUGUAAUGCUUAUAAUGGGUGAUAAUCGAAGAAGUGGCUUAUAAAUUUUGUAUAUAUAUCAAGUUUAACAAGAUACAUAUGGAUUGUCAAGUGCAUGUGUCAUAGUUAAGAACUUCGCUGUAACAGUUUUCUGUUAAUAUACAUAUAUAUUUUUGGAUAUAUUUGUUGUUUCAGUACAGGUAAGAUGCAGUUUCAAGCAUGUUAAGAGGCAACUGAACAGGUGCAGUAUGCAUCUGACUGUGUCAGAAAGCUGUAACAUACUACUCAAAAAUAACUUUAAUGCCAGUUACUCAUAUCAUUGUUAGCUGUUACUAAUGUUUUUGUAAGUGGUGAUUGUGUCGUCAGUGAUGUGUUCCACUGAACUCAUAAUUGCUAAUUUUAGGAUGUAGUAAUAAAUCAUUGGUAGGUGAAGCAUUAACACUACAGUUUACAAAAUAAUCUAAACUAUUUAGUGUAUUACGUCUUUUUGUUUUACUGUAUAUGUACAUGAGACUCCAGUUGGAGAUUGUGCAAGAACUUGUUAGUAUAUUUUUACUUUUGCCAGUGCUACUGGUAUGGUUAUUGUGCCAGAAUUUCUACAGUCCUGUCAAUUUGUUAACUAUUGAUUCCCUUCAUACUGGUGUACUUGUAGAGCUAAUUCAAAUUUAAUCAGCCCCUAAUGUUGCUGUAACGACAGGGUGACGGUUAUUGAACUACAUGAAAAAGAAAAAAAGAAAAACGCCAUAAA